UUUCCAUUGAUCCUUCCCUUCCCCUAUUAAAGGAGCACCUCCAUUUCUCCCCCCACAUUGAAAGCUCAAACAUUCAGCCUCCAACCCUUUCUCUAUCAUUCUUAAUCUCACUCUUUCUCUCCUUUCUGUUGGUUUCUGGAGAAACCCACAACCAGAAUCUACAUUUUAAGUCAUUUUAAUUCUGUAUAUAUACUUCUAUAUACCUGAGUCAUAGUUUGCAAUGGGUGACUCACUGAAUUCGGAGCUCUUAUCUCCAUCACCGUCAUCAUCAGGAUCAGGGGUGUCCAAUCCGACACCCAAGUCGGCCGGAAAGAAAUCCGGGCAAACCGAGACGAAUCCGCCGAAACGUCAAAGGGACGGUAGUAAGCACCCAGUGUACCGUGGGGUCCGAAUGCGGUCCUGGGGGAAAUGGGUGUCAGAAAUCCGGGAGCCCCGGAAGAAGAAUCGGAUCUGGUUAGGUACCUUCUCGAACCCCGAAAUGGCGGCACGUGCACACGACGUAGCGGCGCUGAGCAUCAAGGGCGACUCAGCUAUCCUCAACUUUCCCGAGCUCGCCGGGUCCUUGCCCCGACCCGCUUCCAACUCACCUCGAGACGUUCAGGCCGCCGCCGCUAAAGCCGCAGCAACGGAGUUCCUUAAUGACGGGUCCCAAUCACAUUCAUCAUCAGUGUCAUCCUCUUCGUCAUGGAUGUCAUCGGUAUCAUCCAACAGCGAAGACGUCUCGACGCCGGAGGAGCUGAGCGAGAUAGUGGAGUUGCCGAGUCUGGAUACUAACUACGAAUCCAUGAAGUCUGGAACCGAUUUCGUGUUCUCCGACUCGGUGGAGGGAUGGCUGUUUCCGAGCGGACUGCCGUGGUACGACGUUGAGCAUUGCGGAUAUUUUGGGGAGGAACUUUCGAUGCAAAUGCAAGAUAGUGUCAUCACAACUGGAUUUGGUCCUUCCUUAUGGGGCCAUUAAUACAAUAAUCAUACCCUCGUGUUUUUCUCUCCUUUGUUUCUCCUUACAAAACUUAUUUAAUUUUUGUACUGGCAAAAUAAAAAACUCUUUUUAGU